CAUUUCAUUUCCCUCACAGUCUUCUCUUCCUUCUUCCUUUUUCUCUUUGGACAUCCAAAGGAAGGAGCGAAAUUAAUAAUAUAUAAAAAGAAAAAUCGUUUUCCUUUUCAUUUUUGAUUCCUGAAACACCUGCUGUUUUUCCUCCUUCGCGAAAUGUCUCUUUUUUAAGUUUUUGGUUCCCUUGAGACUGUUGCUCUCACUGCUGUCUCUUUUCCUGUCAUUGCCUCGCCUUGCUUCCUUGUUCUGAACUUGUCGGUGUGAAUCCCAGUUCUGAACGCAGAGUUCAAAUGUUGGAGAUCUAAUUGAGGCGUCGUCAUAAGCUUCAUGUGGGUUGUUCGAUUUGAACUGACAUGGAAACCGGGAAGAUUUUCUCUGGCUGGCUGGGUUCUUACUCUGAGAGAUGAAGAUUGAGGUGGGAUUAGGAGGUAUGUUGUGGAGCGAAGACGAACGAGACAUGGUCGCGGCGGUUCUGGGCGCUCGAGCUUUCGAUUACCUGGUGAACCACUCGGUUUCGAAUGAUAAUCUGUUAAUGGCCGUCGUCACCGACGAGAAUCUCCAGAAGAAGCUGUCGGAUCUCGUGGAGCGUCCGAACGUAUCGAAUUUCACCUGGAACUACGCCAUUUUCUGGCAAAUUUCUCAGUCGAAAUCCGGCGAAUGGGUCUUAGGUUGGGGCGAUGGGUGUUGCAGAGAACCGGAUGAAGGAGAAGAAGACGGAUUGAAAGGAAUUCUGAGCCUUCGCAUGGAGGAUGAAGUUCAGCAAAGGAUGAGGAAGAGAGUGUUACAGAAGCUUCACACAACCUUCGGUGGUUCCGAAGAAGACAGUUACGUAUAUGGAUUAGACCGUGUGACUGAUACUGAGUUGUUCUUUCUCGCUUCUAUGUACUUCUCUUUCCCUCGUGGCCAUGGAGGUCCAGGUAAGUGUCUCGCGUCCGGUAAACAUUUAUGGCUCACAGAUGCACAGAAAUCUGCAGUUGAUUAUUGCGUCAGAUCAUUCCUGGUUAAAUCAGCCGGAAUCCAGACCGUCGUUUUGAUCCCCACUGAUAUGGGAGUGGUGGAACUGGGUUCUGCCAAGUUGGUGAAAGAGAACUUAGAAUUGUUGCAGGCAAUCAAAUCGGAGUUUUCCGUUGAAUCCGCCAAGUCGUCCAUUGCACCACCUCUUCUUCCUCCUCCUCCGGCUCCCGUGACGGCGGAGAAAAGAGAUGAACUCACCAUCUUCCCGGUCUUAACAGUUUCUGACAAAGCCGAAGUAGUACCGAAGAUUUUCGGGCAGGAUUUGAACAAGACGAACCCAGUUCGAAGCACCCAAUUUAGAGAGAAACUUGCUAUUAGGAAAAUGGAGGAUAGGCCAUGGUUAGGAGCAUCAGGUCAUCAUCACUCCAAUGGGGUUCAUCUUCAUCCUCGUAAUGGUGUUCAUCCUUCAACCUGGACAACGACAUCUAACAAUGGCGUAAGGCAAACCAGUCCUGUUGAAACUUUUCCUUCUAGAUCGUCGACGAGCAAUGCGCCCGUUCUGGACCUUGUUAAUCAGCCGCAAAGGAAAGCACCAAUAAUGCAGAUUGAUUUCUCAGGAGCCACUUCCAGGUCUGCCGUGACUGCCGUGAGACCAAACGGCGGUGAAUCAGAGCAAUCUGAUGCCGAUGCUUCAUUCAGGGAGGACCUGCCAGGCGGAGCCACCACCGACGAAAGGCGGCCGAGGAAGCGAGGAAGAAAGCCGGCAAACGGCAGGGAAGAACCUCUGAACCAUGUGGAAGCUGAGAGGCAAAGGCGUGAGAAGCUGAACCAACGGUUCUAUGCUUUAAGAGCUGUGGUGCCUAAUAUCUCCAAAAUGGACAAAGCCUCUUUGCUCGGAGACGCCAUUGCUUACAUCAACGAGCUUCAGGCAAAACUCAAAGCAAUGGAAUCUGAGAAAGAGAUCAGAAUGGGAAGCUGUUCAAGUUCAAGGGAUCCAUCAAUGGAGUCCAACAAUCAGCAAUCUCCUCCUCCUCAGGUGGAAAUCCAAGCUUGUCAGGACGAGGUGGUUGUGAGAGCAAUCUCCCCAGUGAAUUCCCACCCAGUUUCGUCAGUGAUCAAAGCUUUGAAAGAAGCACAAGUGAACGUCGUUGAUUCAAAACUGGCCGCUGCAAAUGAAGCUGUGUUUCAUACCUUCGUGAUCAAACCUCAAGGACCUGAUCAGCAGCUGACAAAGGAGAAGCUGGUUGCUGCAUUUUCCCGCCAAUCCAAUUCUUCAUCGCCGCAGCCAUUAUCAUUGACCGGUUAAGGGAGAGCCCAAAAAGUAAGAAAAAAUCGCCAUUAACGUAGGUCCCCGUAUAGGCAUGAUGAUACAUAGAGAAGAAGAACAAGAACAAGAACAAGAAGAAGCAGUCUCCUGGAAAGCUUCCUCAGAAAUUUUGUUACAGCGGGGGGGAAGUAAGUAGCAGUUAAUUAAUUAGAAUGAUCCCUCUCAAAAUUUUAACCAAGCAGAGCAGCAAAUUUAAGUCUGUCUAUAGUUUUCAUACACAGGGUUAUUAAAUAUUGUAAGCAGUAUUCCUGCAAGUUCUUUCUAUUUUCUUCCUUCUUUCCCAGUUCAGCUCUACAUGGUUAAAAGCUUCGUUUUCCCUUUUCAGUUCUAGAUGCUUAAGUUCUUGUAUUCAUCCAAGAUCUGUGCAUAAAAGUAUUGGUAAAUUCUUCAA